AUGUCACCGCAGCUCUCCUUCGUGACGCUCGACGUCUUCACCUCGACGCGGUACACGGGCAACCCGCUGGCCCUGGUCAAAGUCCCACAGCGCGUGACACUUUCCCAGAGCCAGAAGCAAUGCAUCGCGCGCGAGUUCAAUCUCUCAGAAACGGUUUUCCUGCACGAGCAGACGCCCGCGGACCGUGACGUCGACGACCACGCCGUGCGGGUCGACAUCUUCACCGCUCACGCCGAGGUGCCCUUCGCGGGCCACCCGACGGUCGGGGCGGCGAACUAUCUGCUCCGUCUCGGAGGAGAUGACGACGACGAUGGAGCGGCGAGCAAGAAGCAGGUGAAGGCCCUGCGCGCGAAAGCCGGUCGGAUCCCCAUCGUCCUGAACCCAGCUGCCGCCAAUGGCGUCCAGAUUUCCGUCGCCCACGACCUGCAUGUCCACACGUCGCGGCCGUACGCGGAGACGCCGCUCGCCCACCACCCGGUAGUCAGCAUCGUCAAGGGCAUGACCUUCAUCCUGGCGCGGCUGCCUGAUCUGGCCGCCCUCGCGGCUGCGACUGAGAGCCUGAUCGAGCCGAACGCGACGUACACGGCGGCGACGACGGAUCUCCUGGACGAAGGCUGGCGCGAGGGCCUUGUGGUGACGUAUUUCUUCGUCGAUGAGCAGCCGAGUCCCCAGCUCUCAAAAGACGAGACCAGUGUCCGGACCCUACGGACACGCUGUCUCGGCGAGCGCGAGGAUCCCGCCACGGGGAGCGCCGCUUGCGCCUUGACCGCGUACCUGUCCCUGCAGGCCGGGAAGGCCGGACGGUACCGGUACGCGAUCGUGCAGGGCGUGGAGAUGGGCCAGCGCAGCGAAAUCUACGUCGAGGUCGGCGUCAGGGCCGCUUCACACGACGGCCGGCUGCAGAUCGAGGAGGUGCUCUUGAGCGGGAGUGCCGUGCAGGUCAUGCAGGGGUCGUUGGUUGUUCCUGCGCCGGAGGACUGA